UCGUGUCGGCUCAGAAACGGAGCCGGGAGCCAGAACAAGAUAAAGAAGAAGAAGAAGACAGUGCAUGUUGAGGUUAUUUAAUAGUUGCUUUUUCAAGCGGUCUUCAAUAUGCCGUGCUGGUAUUAUGAAAAAAAAGAACUUCGCAACACACCGUCCAUUCAGGAUGGCAUCGAUUACGAUACGGAAUGUAGAUAUCGAAAAGAAGGCGCUCGUUUCAUCAUAGACACUGGUACAAAAAUGGAUUUAGGUUAUAAUACGAUGGCAACGGGUGUCGUUUAUUUUCACCGAUUCUACAUGUUUCAUUCCUUCAAGAACUUCCCGCGAUAUGUAACUGCUUGCUGCUGCUUACUCUUAGCGGGCAAAGUUGAAGAGACUCCAAAGAAGUGCAAGGACAUCAUAAGGACUGCCAAAACUUUAGUGUCGGAACAAAAGUUUAUGACGUUCGGAGAAGAUCCUAAAGAAGAAGUGUUGAUUUUGGAGAGAAUUUUACUACAAACUAUUAAAUUUGAUCUACAAGUGGAACAUCCAUACAGUUAUUUACUCAAGUACGCAAAGUGUUUGAAAGGCGAUAAAAACAAGCUGCAAAAGAUGGUUCAAAUGGCUUGGACAUUCGUUAACGACAGCUUGUGUACCACUCUGUCGCUACAGUGGGAGCCAGAGAUCAUAGCCGUCGCUCUAAUGUACUUGGCGGGAAAGCUGAGUAAAUUUGAAGUGGUAGAUUGGGUUGGCAGGCAACCGAAACACUUACGCUGGUGGGACAUGUUCGUCGAAGACGUGACUAUGGAUCUUUUGGAAGAUAUUUGCCAUCAGGUCUUGGAUUUGUAUUCGCAAGCUAAUAAUGCGAAACCGCCAGACUCGCCACCCAUGAUACCACCCAGCGAAGUCUGCAGAGAACGAUCCGUCGCUGCUACUAGUGUAGAAUCCGCGUCCAACACGCCAAACGUUACACCCGGCAAGUCCUCUAAAGGCAUCGAGGCAUCCGCGACGGUUUCUGCAAACGGAUGUCCGGCUACAGACAUCGCGGAUACGAUUAAAUCGAUAGAUACCUCGACGACUCACUUUCCCACGUACUCGACCAACUUUCCGGUGUCCAACAACACCAAUUAUCCGCCAGCGUUUCCACCCACGAACGUUUCGGUUCCUCCGCCUCCUGUAAAUACAAUGAAUCAUAUUGUACCAACGAUCCAUCACAUCGGAUCGUCCGCUGCUAUUCGUCCGACGCCACCACCGUCGGCACCGGCCGCCAAUCAAACCGCUUUCCAACCAUAUUCCUACCCAACGAACGCUUCGUACUUUUCAGCGAAUAAUCCUAUUCCGCCGGCCGCACCGCCUCGCGGCUACUAUCCUUCGCAACCAUAGUGGAGAACAACGCUCGUAAUAUCUUGAUUUAAUUCAACUGUAAAUUUCGUCUGUACAUAUAUAUAUAUAUCUACGUAUGUUUUUUUCUAUACCAUACAUAUACUUGAUUUGACAGUUUCGAAAUAAAGACAAUUCGGUCUAUACUUGACUGGAA